AGAGCGUUUGUGUUGCUGGUCCGGGUGGUGACGGGCCCUCCCUGCCCCGCGGGGUCUGGGAAGAACCGUCGUGUCCCACUGCGCCGCUCUUGCAUUCUGGAGAGGGGAUGCUGUAGCGUGAGGUGGACGCAGCUGGCUGGCACGGGACCGUUGGAGAUGAUGGAGCCGCUCCCCGAACUCUACUCCAUCUUCCAAGGCGAGGUUGCUGCGGUGACAGAUUAUGGGGCAUUUAUCAAAAUCCCAGGCUGCAGGAAACAAGGCCUUGUCCACAGGACUCACAUGUCCUCCUGCCGUGUGGAUAAACCCUCUGAGAUUGUUGAUGUUGGGGACAAAGUCUGGGUGAAGCUCAUUGGGAAAGAGAUGAAGGAUGAGAAGCUGAAGCUGUCACUCUCCAUGAAGGUUGUUCACCAAGGCACAGGGAAAGACCUGGAUCCCAACAACGUUUCCCUUGAUCAGGAUGAGAGGAAGAAACGAACCUUCAGGGACUACACGAGCCAGAAGAUCACCCUGGAGGCUGUCCUGAACACGGUGUGCAAGAAAUGUGGCUGCAAAGGUCACUUUGCCAAGGAGUGUUUCAUGCAGCCUGGAGGAACCAAAUACAGCCUCAUUCCAGAGGAGGAGGAAGAGGAGGGAGUAACAGCAGGACCUGAAGGGGAUAAAAAGAUCAGCCACGCUGAGGAGUCUUCAAAAAAGAGGAAAAAGGAGAAGAAGAAGAAGAAGCACAAGGCCAAGCAGUCCUCAGAGUCAGACUCGGACAGCUCAGCCUCAGACAGUGAUGGAGCUCGGCCCUCCAGCAAGAGACCCAAGCACUCUGGGAAACCCAGCAGGGCUUCCAAGAAGAAGAAGAAGAAGAAGAAGAAGCACAAGAAGUAGCCCUGGGAUGAGCCGGGCAGGCUGGGCUGCUGCCACAGCCGUUCACUGGUGCAGCCAGCAGGGAUCAGCACCUCUCCUGCUCCAGGGACAAGGAGUUUCCUUCUCCAAGUAACCACGGGCGUGUGGUGUUACAGGUGUUGACCUUGCUGACGGAGCUGUCCUUGUCACCCUGGGCACGGGCUGCCCCUUUGUCCCACAGCUGCUGCCAGCACAGGCUCAUGACACCCUGCAGGGCACCCCUGCUGUCCCACACCUCGUGUCCUGCUGGAGCUGCUGCCAGCUCUUGUGACAGCUGAGGUGCAGCAGCCCUGUGCAGUGGCAUGCAGAGGUUGGGGUGGCACAGGCAGGUGCACAGCAUGCUGGGGACAGGGUUUUGUGGUGGGACCACAACCCCCUGGUACAGCUCUGGGCU